CUGUAAUUAUAAUUGGUGUAAUUUGCGGAGUAUGUGAAUGUAAAUGUUUUUUUACCCCGUCGCGCAAAGACCCCGAUUGCACGUUCUCAAAAGCUGCAGUGGCCGCAGACUCCGGGAAAUGUUCAGAGAUUGGACGGGACAUCCUUCAGAAAGGCGGCUCUGCAGUAGAUGCUGCCAUUGCUGCGCUGCUGUGCACCUCCAUCAUCAACCCACAGAGUUCGGGGAUCGGAGGCGGGCUCAUAUUCACUGUGAUGGACAGCUCCGGUAAAGUGAAAAUCAUCACCUCCAGAGAGACUGUCCCCAAAAAUGUGACCUCUGACCUCCUUAAGUUGUGUCCUAACACCACAGAGUGGACUGUGGAGUGGAAGCAAGACAGCAGAUGGAUUGGGGUUCCUGGAGAAAUUCGAGGUUAUGAAGCGGCACACCGGCUUUAUGGGAAGUUGCCGUGGGCCGACCUCUUUCAGCCGACCAUCAAAUUAGCCCGAGAAGGAUUCCGUAUUCCUUACUACCAAGGUCAUUACAUCCCACGCAUUAAUAAUACGUCAAUACGGGAGUUAUAUUUAGAUAAAAAUGGGAACCUGCUUAAGACCGGUGAUACUGUGAAAUUUGAGAAACUGGCUGACACUUUGGAGACGAUCGCAAACGAGGGACCAGAUGUGUUUUACAACGGAGCAAUAGCAAAGAAUUUAAUCCGUGACAUACAGAAAGCAGGAGGAAAACUCACUCUGGAGGACUUGGCAUCAUAUGAAGCUAAUGUGACUGAUGCGUGGAAUAUUUCUUUGGGAGAGUACCGGAUGUACUUCCCUCCACCCCCUUCAGGAGGAGCCAUCCUCAGCUUCAUCCUCAACAUCAUGAAAGGAUACAAAAUGAAUUCAGAACCUAAUGCAACUGAUGAAAAGAUUUUGUUUUAUCACCGUUAUAUUGAAGCUUUAAAAUUUGCCAAUGGAUUAAAGAAAUAUAUCAGAGAUCCAAACUUCAGCUCAGACAAAAUGGCAAAGAAUUUGACAGAGGAUAGCUUUGCAGACAGCAUACGGAGUUUGAUCAGCAGCGACAGGACUCAUGAUCCCCAGUAUUACGGCGACACCCCGUGUCUGGACAGCAUCGGCACCACACAUUUAUCUGUGCUGGCUGAAGAUGGAUCUGCUGUGUCUGUCACCAGCACUAUCAACGACGAAUUUGGCUCCAAGGUCCUCUCUCCAAGCACUGGAAUCAUUCUCAACAACCAGCUGUUUGACUUCUGUAAUAGAGCUAAUAGCACCUCUCCUGGGGAGCGGCCUCCCUCCAAUACAGCACCAUCUGUGCUGAAGUCUCAGUCGAAGAUGCUGGUGAUUGGAGGGUCUGGUGCUGAAAUGAUUCCACCGGCAGUGGCCUCGGCGGUCAUGAACCACCUUUGGUUUGGAAAGAGCCUUAAGGAGGCAAUUGUUACUCCUGUUCUUUUUGUCAACUGUCAAAGUGAAGUAAAACUUGAAUCUAAGCUUGAAAAGGAUGUAGUUGAUGGUCUUGAAGCUAAGGGACAUAAAAUAACACAAUUCUACAACGUAGUUAACGCUGUGGAAAAGGCGGGCAGCUGUAUCUCUGCAUGGUCUGAUGAAAGGAAAAAAGGUGAACCAGCUGGUUACUGAGACCAAAAGUCAGUGAUGUUAGUUAUACAGCAUGGCUUUAAGGUUAUGGACACUGCUGUAGCUACAACAUUGGACAAUCUAUAUUCAUCUGUUACCUGAUAGAUCAUUCAUGCUUUACACAUGUGUCUAAAAAAGUUUGUAAUAUUGACAACAAUGCAACAAUCAGAUUAUUUAAAUCCAAGGUUUCAUGCAAAAUAGCGCAAAGACAGCAUUGCAAAAAAAACAAAAACAAAUGUUUGUUGAAAAUUUUUUAGGGAUUGCUCAACCUGCAUUCUUUCUAAGCAGCAGGCCAGCAGGUUGAGACUGACUGAAGAAAUCUUUGGUUAUAUAAGCGUCUGUUGGAAAAAGAGCUAGAGACUAGAGACUUCAUGUUCCAUUCCACCAGUAAACAAUUCAUAUUUUCAAGUCUCAUCAAAUUCAUGUUUACUUUGUAAAUUUUAGCCCACUGGAUUGUCCAGAAGGGAGAUAAAGUAGGGCUGCCCUAAAGUGUACCCUAAGUUAUCAAUUGAUUUGUAGUUCAAAACAACAAAAACAACAACAACAACAACAAAAAUACCCACAGCAUAACCUGUAGUUACUGUUACAGGCAUGUCAGCAUCAACAAAGCUAGAUCUCAUAGACUGUUAGAGCCAAAUAGAAAGGUCAGUUUUUAUCUGAAUAUUACUAGCUACAUUUCAAUGCUUUUUAAUAUUGUUUUUUUUUUUUUAUUCAGUUUGCAUAUUAAGAUUUUUUGCUUAGUUCAUUCUAUUGUUUUGCUGUUAUAAAAUGUGGGUAAUUAACCAAAACUGCAAUUCUGCUGAUGUGGUCAGGGUAAAAGUUAAAAGUUAAUCAGACAAGUAGUUUGUGAAGCAACAGUGUUUUUUCAUAGUUGUUUAAUGUGUUUUAGUGAUAGGAAUAGACAACCUCGUCUUGAA